AUGGAGAUGUUCAAACAGGUGAAGAUUAAUCUUCCAUUACUUGAUGCAAUUCAACAAAUCCCAGCUUACGCUAAAUUUCUGAAAGAUAUGUGUACUCAGAAAAGGUGUUCAAGUAGCUAUGUUCCUAAGAAUGUGUUAUUAACUGAAUUAAGAGAAUUAAAGUCUACUUCCAUUAUUCUCCAAUUGGCAGAUAGGUCAACCAAACAGCCUCGUGGUGUUAUUGAAGAUGUGAUCAUCAAAGUAGGUAAAUUCUACUUCCCAGUGGACUUUAUUGUGCUCGAUACCGAGCCAGUUCCGAAGCCAAAAAGGCACAUUCCAGUGAUCCUUGGUCGUCAUUUCCUUGCAACAGCAAAUGUAAGCAUAAAUUGUAGGGCAGGCGUCAUGGACGUAUCUUUUGGCAAUAUGAAGGUGUGCUUAAAUAUUUUCAAUGCUAGUCAAUGCCCUUCAGAUAAUAAUGAUUUUUUUCUAGUCGAUGCCAUCAAUGAAUGUGUUGAGAAGAUGACCCCAUUUGCAUUGACAAAAGAUCCACUGGAAGCAUGCCUAUCUUACUUUGAUGCCGAGUCAUUUGAUGUUGAGAAAAGUAUUAAAGAGGUGAAUGCCCUACUUAAUAUGGCGAGUAUGCACAACAUUCCACCAUGGAAGAUUCCUAUUGAGCCACUUCCACAAUUGUCAAGUAAACCACCUAUACCAUCUUUGGAGUCUCCACCAGAGCUAGAGUUGAAGCAGUUGCCCUCUCAUCUGAAGUAUGCUUUUCUUGGGCCAGAAAGUACUCUUCUAGUAAUUAUUUCAGUAGAGCUAUCAGACAUCCAAGAGGAGAAAUUAUUAGAAGUACUAGCCAACCAUCGAGAAGCUAUUGGCUGA